AUGUUGUAUCUAAAUGGAUUAGUGAGAAAUGGGAUCAAUAUCGGUGUAAAAAGAGGUACAGCUGUUGCUUUGCUAGCAGCUAAAUACCGUUCUCCAAUAUUUGCUGCAACUAGAUACCAAAGUAAUAAGGUAGAAGAUAAACUGGCUGGUGUGUUUACUGAGGAGCAAUUGAAAGAAGCCCGAGAAACUAGAUUGAAAGGUUUGGGUCCUUAUGUUUCCAAAUUACCAACAAAAUUGAUUCCUUAUGCGGAACUAAUGAGACUUGAGAAACCCGUUGGAACUUGGUUGCUGUACAUACCAUGUACAUGGGCAAUCACCAUGGCUGCUAUGGAAACAGCUGCUCCAUUGGGAAGUACUUUGUGGAUGUUAGCGCUUUUUGGUGUCGGUGCACUCAUCAUGAGAGGUGCAGGUUGCACAAUCAAUGAUUUACUAGAUAGAAACUUGGAUAACAAGGUUAUUAGAUCAGUUGAAAGACCGAUUGCUAGUGGAAGGGUAUCACCAGGUAAGGCUGUUGUAUUUUUGGGAGCCCAGACAGCCAUCGGUAUGGGAAUCCUUGCACAAUUGCCAGCUGAUUGUUGGUAUUUAGGUUUGGCAUCGUUACCAAUUGUCUUCACAUACCCAUUGUUCAAACGGUUCACAUAUUAUCCACAAGCUGCCCUAUCUGCAUGUUUCAAUUGGGGCUCUUUGUUAGGUUUCCCUGCCAUGGGUCUGAUGGAUUGGUCCACUAUGAUUCCUUUGUACGUCAGUACUUAUAUAUGGUGCAUGAUUUACGAUACGAUUUAUGCUCAUCAGGACAAAAAGUUUGACAUCAAAGCUGGUAUCAAAUCGACUGCUUUAGCUUGGGGUAAAAACACAAAGAAAAUAUGUACUGCUCUUGGAACGGUACAAAUCGGAACCUUAGCACUUGCUGGAUUGAACAGUGGUUUGUUGCUGGGCCCUGGAUUCCUCUGUGGGCUGGGAAUUUUCACAUACAGGUUGUUUGAUAUGAUUAGAAGGGUCGAUCUAAAUGACCCAGCAGAUUGUUGGAAAUGGUUCCAAAGCAAUAUUAACACCGGGAUAAUUUUUUCUGGUGCUUUGUUCUUCGAUUAUAUUCUGAAGUUAUUAGGCUGGAUGUAA